GCUAGGUGGGUUUGACUGAAAUAAGCCGAAACCCAAAGCCUAAACCUAGAGAAAACCGUAACACUUCCUCUAUUGUAACGGCUGCUGCUCUUAAGUCAUAACAACACACAUGUACUCUCUGUACACAACGCCUCUCAUUUCUCUCUCCCCACGGUCACACUCUAUUUCUUAAUUAAAACCUAACAAACCCUGACUCCGCUUAGCUUUUCUGCAUCUGGGUUUGUUCUGUAAUGGCCGAUAAUGGCGGAUUUGACAGGGACCAAGGCACCACUACCAGUUUCUCUCAGUUGUUAUUCUCGGAUGAUGUCGUUUUGGGUCUCGAUAUGGAACACACUUUUACUAACUAUUCUUGUUUUUCGUCUUCCUUGCCUUUUUCUUCUCAUGAAAAGCCUCCUAAAAUGCUUUGUUUUGGUAACUAUGGAGAUAAUGAAAAGGGUGAAAUCAUGUUGUAUGGUGGUGAGAGUAUUACUAGAACCACUCCUCAAAAAUCUGAUGUCACUUGUAAUGAUUCUUCUUCUGCUUCUUCCGGGAAUAACAGCAGUGCCAACACUAAAUAUUCCAAAUCUAAUAGAAAACGAAAUGGGUCUGGCAAAGAAGCAGUUCAAUGCUCAAGCACCAUAACCGGAACACCAGCGAUCACUCAGAAAACCAGUAAAAAGACAAAAGCAGAAAACUCCCCUUCAUCUAGUGGCCAUGCAAAGGUGAGGAAAGAGAAGCUAGGAGAACGAAUCGCAGCAUUGCAGCAGCUUGUUUCACCUUUCGGCAAGACGGAUACAGCGUCAGUGCUGCAUGAAGCGAUGGGUUAUAUCAGAUUCCUGCACGAUCAGGUUCAGGUUCUUUGCUCGCCGUACCUGCAGCACCACCUACCUGACGGCGGACAAAACGGAGGAGAUGAAGAAUUGAGGACGGACCUGAAAAGCAGGGGGCUAUGCCUGGUACCAGUGGCAUCCACCGUACACGCGGCAAACAGCAACGGAGCAGAUUUCUGGUCACCUGCCAUGGGAAACUAUGGUUCAUCAUCAAAGCAGCACUGAUUCGAAUGGAUGUGAAAGAAAAUAUACAACGUUUUAACUUUACUAUUACUACACAUGGUGUUUGUUUUUGUCUUGAACAGACUUGACAACCCAUGCGAAGAAAAGUUAAAUGUAUGUAGACGAAGUGACAGAAAAGGAAGUUAAGAAAGUUCACACUUUGUUCAAGUGUUAAAAAGAAUAGAUGUGAAAGUGAUAAUGUUAAUAAGAAGUGGAAGGCGAUGUCGUUUUGGGUGUUUUGGGGAAUGUGUGUAUUGUGUAUAGAUGCGGGGUUUUGAGGAAUGGGAAGGCUGACUUUUGCUGUAGCAUUGAAAAUCUCCUGCACUUGAGACAAUUACCAAUGCAAUUUUUAAGAAGUGGGCUGGUUGCCUUUUAUUAA